AUGGCCUCCACUUCCGCUCUUCGCCACAGCGCGCACGUCACACGGACUGCCGGCCAGCUCACGCGGCGCUGGCUUGGGACUACCCCCGCUCAAUUAUCACCCACCGCGCCCUCGUCAUCCGAGCCGCUCACGCACUACCGCAUCACCCAACGUCGCAGCGCCAUUUCACUUGGCGAGCGCAUCAAGGGCACUCUCGCCUCAUUAGGACUGCACCGACGAAUGCAGACCGUCUACCACCCACACAACCCGGAAACUGCCGGAAAGAUACUCAAAGUAAAGGAGCUGGUCGAGGUGGCGAACGUGCCGGCUAGCGAGGUGCGGGAUAAGACGGAACAGAGGAGGGAGAGGAGGUCGCCAAGAGGAUAUACUGUGGUGAAGAGGAGGGUGGAAACGGCAGAGGCUUAG